CGGCGCCGCCCGCCCCCGCCCCGCCCCGGUCAGCUGGGUUCCGCGUCCAGCCAGCUGAGGAGCAUCCCGGGCGGCGCGAACGGCCCAGCCAUGUCCGCAGCCAUGAGGGAGAGGUUCGACCGGUUCCUGCACGAGAAGAACUGCAUGACUGAUCUCCUGGCCAAGCUCGAGGCCAAGACCGGAGUGAACCGGAGCUUCAUCGCGCUCGGUGUCAUCGGACUGGUGGCUUUGUAUCUGGUGUUCGGUUAUGGAGCCUCUCUCCUCUGCAACCUGAUAGGUUUCGGAUACCCAGCCUACAUCUCAAUGAAAGCCAUCGAGAGCCCCAACAAAGAUGACGACACCCAGUGGCUGACGUACUGGGUGGUAUAUGGUGUGUUCAGCAUCGCCGAGUUCUUCUCCGACCUUUUCCUGUCCUGGUUCCCCUUCUACUACAUGCUGAAGUGCGGCUUCCUGUUGUGGUGCAUGGCGCCCAGCCCGUCCAACGGGGCUGAACUGCUGUACCGGCGUAUCAUCCGUCCCAUCUUCCUGAAGCACGAGUCCCAGGUAGACAGUGUGGUGAAGGACGUGAAGGACAAAGCCAAAGAGACUGCAGACGCCAUCAGCAAAGAAGUCAAGAAGGCUACGGUGAACUUGCUGGGCGACGAGAAGAAGAGCACCUGAGUCCUGGCUGGGCGGCCCCUCCCCCACUCGCCCCCUUAGAGCUCCGUGUUAUGCUAGGGACAGUGGCACAGGCGUUGGAUAAUGUUGCCUUGGAAACUUUCUGAUGUAUUAAAAAUGGAGUGUGUUGUAAGGUGUUUUGCUUUUAUUGUCGUAUAUGUAGGGAACGUUUUCAUUUAAAUCUAACAGAGUGGGCAGUACCUAAAUUUUUUAAAUAUGAGUCUGAAGACACGUCACUAUAUUCCAGGAAAUACAAACCGAGAUUGGAAAUCUCUGUCCGUAGGCCCUGUGCUCUGCUGGGCUCACCUGCAUGCGUCUUCCUGUGCUUACAGUUCGGAAACCUUUGUGUUGUGCUUCACGCGGUGUAUGAUUUUAUAUAGUUCUGUGUUUUAAUGUAUCUGUGUAUAUACAUAUAUAUGGAAAAUGUUAUAGUUUGGCUAGAACAUGCGUAGUGCUUGUGAGAAGAGGCCAAGGAAGGUUGCAGACACCACCUGUGACCUGUGAAGCAAGACCCCCCUGCCAAGGCCGGAGUGCUGUCGUGAUGAGUGCGCUUCCAAAUACCAUUUCAGAAAGUGAUACAGAUUAGUAAGACAGCCCAUCCCCCAAGACAGCCCAUCCCCCAAGACAGCCCAUCCCCCAAGACAGCCCAUCCCCCAAGACAGCCCAUCCCCAAGACAGCCCAUCCCCCAAGACAGCCCAUCCCCCAAGACAGCCCAUCCCCCAAGACAGCCCAUCCCCCAAGACAGCCCAUCCCCCAAGACAGCCCACCUCCCAAGACUUCCUGCCUCCCAUUGCUUACCUCAGUUUUAAACACAUGGUCCCGUGUAGCCCAGGACAACUCUGAAGUCCUGAUCCUCCUGCUGCUUCCCCCUCCCAGCUUCUGCUCACUGCAGACUGGUGCCCCAUGGUGGCUUACGUGUGCCGUCUUGUUUGUGUAAGCAGCACAUUGUACACUGACAGCAUCCAGCUCUAAGAGCAGUUCUGGACAAGUGAGGGGCAGCGGCGGCUGGGAUAAACUUUUCACUCUUUGUUUUUAUGGUCAACCUCAAGAGGUCUCCCUACUUUAUAAUUUGUAAUUAUUAGCAUUCCCUUACAGACGCUUCAGUCUAUGUUUCGUUUAAGUGACCGCCUGUCAGAGUGGCUUGCUGGGUCAGAGGUUUGGAUCUAAGAGUCUGUGCUUUGCACCUCAGGCCAGCUUUUCAGCCUUUGACUACAGGAGCUGUCUGCCAAAGCCAACAGCAGGAGUUAUCUUCAGGACAAUGGGCAAUGAUUCUCCUACAGAUGACUCAGAUCACAGUAAUAUACAAUAUUAACAAUACAAAAUAAGAAGCUCUGGUCCUAACAUAGUACGGGUCACAGGGUUCGUUUUCCUGGGAAUACUAGUAAUCAUUAGGCAUCUUCUGACUUAAGGUGGGGGGAUCUUUUUAGAAAAUAAAAACAGUUGUUUAUAGAAAACCAAUUGUUAGGUCUUAAAAAUAUUUAGGUCCUUAUAAGUAAAAGCACGUUUUUCUUGUUGGCAGAGUGAAAAUUAACGUGACAGUGUAACCUAUAGGAACAGAGUGUUAAUAUACAACAUACUCUAUGUGAGGGGAUGGGCAGGCAGGGACUCACAGUUACUUAGAGGAUCUUGGUGGCAACACUGCUGCAGUGAAGUAAACCCCAAAAGCAAUUUUGCCCUAUCAACCCCACAACUUUCACCAGAGCAGGCGCGGGGAAGUCAUUACUUCUAGCAGCUGUUAGUAGGAGAAAUCAUGAAUUGACUUCUGCCUGCCCGUCCUUCCCAAGUAAAACAGUGUCAUGACUACAAGUGUUGACAAUGAGCUGGCUGGAAACAAGGUGUUUAUUUGUAUCUGAGUGGUAUUUCAAAGACAUACAAAGUUCCAGAAUUCUUGCUACACUUUAAAGCUUGCUGUUGUAGGGCAAUUCUUUCCUGUCAGUCAUUUGGACUGCAUUGCUGCUGUUGUGGGGAAGAAUCCUCCAUCCACAUCUCAGAAAACAGUCACCGCCUAAAUAAAAUAUCGCCUGGCCUCAGAUGUGAAUAGGAGUGCCCGGUCCUUACUUACGUGUUCCCAGACUCCCCUGGCUGCCGUACCUGGAGAGAACACUGAACUCUGUGUGGACUGUUCCUUCCUGUGCGUGUAUCUCUGACAAAAGUUACUGACUGGACAAAGUGAGAAUGAGAAGAAUUACAACAUAUACUCAAAUAAAGAUUAUGUUUGUGGUCUGUCAA